AUGGGACGAAAGCGCGGCGCGGUCCAGCGGCGCUUUGACGAUGCGCUUCUGCGGCACGACAUGGAGCUCGUCAUCUGGAUGAUCGACUCGGGCGAGGUCCACGUCGACGCGGAAGCAGCGAAUGGCGACUCGCCGCUGCUACACGCCGUCGCCCGCAACCAAAUCGACGUGCUCGACUUGCUCCUCGACCGUGGCGUCAAUGUCAAUGCCGUCAACCGGCACGGCAAGACCGCGCUCAUGAAGGCCGCCGCGACGACCGAGGUCGACACGACGGACGCGGUGAGCAUUCUCCUCCGGCGCGGCGCCGACAUCUUCGCGCGGGAUCCGAGUGGCAAGACAGCGCUCGACUGGGCGCGACGCACCAACAACGUGAGCGUCGCGCGUCGGCUUGAGCUGGCCGUGCAAGCCCACAUCGUGGCGCACCGGGUGACGGCGGCGAACCAAGAAGCUGCGCAGCGGCACGACGAGAUCGCGCAGACCAACGACGCGCUCAAAACGCAGCUCCACGCGCUGUUUUCGCCGUUCGCACCGCGCCAAAUGCUCUCGCUUCUGGCGUCGGCCGCCAUCUCGCACGACACGUAUACGGCCGCGUUCCCUCACGGGCCGCCGUACUAUGUGAACGCAGAGAGCGCGCAGGGGUGGACGGCGUUGACCAAAGCCGCAUCGGUCGACGACGUGGACGUCUUGCGUAGUCUGCUGCAGCACGGCGCGCUCGUGGACUAUGAAACCAAGCUGCGCCACACGGCGCUCACGUGGGCGAGCUACUCGGGCCACACGAACGCCGUGCAGGUGCUCUUGCAACACAACGCACAAGUCGAGUAUGCGACGCGGGAGAAGAUGACAGCGCUGAGUCACGCCUCUCGGAACGGCAAGACACAGGUGGUUGCGCUCCUUCUAAGCAAGUGUCGCGAAGUGUUCCUGCCGCAAAGCAGCCAGCCCGAUUACGUCUCGAACGAAGGUCGCGAGUGGCACACGCGCUUCUUGAACCAUGUUCUCGCCGAAGAAGCUUUGGGCAAGUCCGCCUUGGCGUAUGCUGCGGCCGGUGGGCACACCGACGUCGUGGCGCUGCUCCAAGCCGCGUGUGACCAGGCGCGCGCGCACGAGACGCAUGUCCAGACUCUGGAGGCCAAGACGCGCGUCGUGGCGUGCGCUCUUGGUUGUGGCAUAACAAACGCGCACGACCUCAUCGGGUAUCACCAAGCCCACAAGUGUCCUCUUCGCGACGUCGCUUGCGAAAAGUGCAAGGAGCACAUGCAGAGCCAACACCUCGCGGAGCAUGAAAGGCGAACGUGUACCUACCGCGAUGUCACGUGCGUGAACCUCCAGUUCGGAUGCACCGCCGUGCUGCCGUGGCACACCAUGCAGCUGCAUCAGUCGGACCACUGCCACUACCGGUCGGUCGAGUGCCGUCUCGAGUGCGGCAAGGUGCUGCAGUGGCAAGCGCGGCCCCAUCACGAGGCCAGCGAGUGCCCGCAGCGCACGAUCUCGUGCCCCGCCUGUGGACACCCCAUGCGCGGACAGGACCUGAAGAAGCACAAUCGCAGUGUGUGCCCCAAGCGCUUAGUCGAAUGCAAGCUCUACGGCGGCUGCGGCGAGAUCCACGCCUCGGAAGACACAGCUUUCCACGCCGAAAGCCUUUGCAGUCGCCGCAAACGUCCGUGCCACUGGGUCAGUCAUGGCUGUGACGCAGUCCUCGGGCCACCCGAGGCGCGUCUCAUCCACGAAGAGACGACGUGCCCGUUUCGCACCGUCACGUGCCGGAAUGGCUGCGGUGUGGCCGAUCUCAUUGCAGCGUUUCUCGAUGAACACUUGGCGUGGGACUGUCCCAAAGAGAUCAAGCACUGUCCGCUGGAAUGCGGCCUCCGCAUGGAAGCGCAGUUCAUCUACGGCCAUUGCGAGCCCAACUGCGGCGACUGCCCGAACCGCGUCACCCGGUGCCCGUAUGACAUGUGCGGCAAGAAAAUGUGCUUCUAUGGUGACACGCGCUGGGACGCGGACGAGACGACGCUGGCACGGUCCGACGUGGCGGGCGUUGACGUGACCCGCAACGGCGUUCUCGCCCGCCUUGGACACCUCGACACGUACCUCAACGAGAAGGUGUCGUCCUUCGCCCUUGUGCAGGCGCACGCGUACCUCCAUACGUGGCUCCUGGCGCGCAAAGCGUCGCUGCUACAGGCGUACCAAGCGCGGGACUUGGACCGCGUCGAGCUCGGCAUGGUGGUCAAGUACGACCCGGAGACCACCCAGCACUACGUGAGCUUCCGCGGACGCGUCGUUUGGCUCAACCUCAAUCGUGUCUACCAUGCGCUCGACCCCGCCGUACUCGCCACCGACUGGCUCUGCCCGUCCAUGGCAGCAACGGCGCGGCCCGACCACGUUGCGACCGUGUGUCCGCUGCACAGCGUGGCUUGCCCCAACGCGUGCGGCCAGCGCUGUCCCAAGUUCCAGCUCGAACACCACUUGAAAGAGCGGUGUGCGAAGCGCAUGCUCGUGUGUCGUCUCGGGUGCCACAAGGCCUUGACAAUGGAAGCGCUUUUGGAGCACGAAGAGUCCGAGUGCCCCAAGAGCCAGCGGUUUUGCCCGCACUGUCACGCGCCGUGUCUGCUCGAGGCCCUCGAGGGCCACGUGCGCACGAUGUGCUUGCAGUUUCCUCGCAACUGUCGGCUCACGUGUGGCGCGCAGGUUCCCCGUGCGUCGUUUGAGGAGCACGAGGCCACGGUCUGCCCCAAGCGUCUCGUGCCAUGCCCUCGCUGCCACACACAAGUGUUUGCCUGCGAUCUGUCGUCGCACGAGAGCGACGAGUGUCCCAAACGACCGUUUGGUUUGUGCGAGCUCGGUUGUGGCACGCAGUUGUGCGUCAAUAACGUCCAGAAGCACGUCCUUCAAGAGUGCCCCCACCGGAUGGUGCCAUGUCCGCAGUGCGCGACCAGCAUUCCGUGUUCAAUCUUUGACCACCACGUGAAGUUGGACUGCCCGCAGCGGCAGCUCUUUUGCCACAAGGGAUGUGGCACACGGCUACGUGAGUGCGACGUUGCCAGCCAUGAUCUGGAAGACUGCAUCCAUCGACCGACGUUCUGUCCGCUGCAAUGCGGCCUCGAGCUCGCCAUGUCGCAGCUGCCACGUCACAUGCACGCCGACUGUGUACGACGUCGCGUUGCGUGCCCCAACCGAUGCGGCGUCAAGGUGCCAGGUAUUCAGCUCCCCGGCCAUCUUCGAAGCUGCGACCACCGCAAGGUGCCGUGUGGCGCGGGCAGCGUUGCGUGUGCGAGGCCGCUCAAAGCGUGGAUCGUGCGCGAGCGACUCGUGCCGUGCUUGAAGCACCGGCUGCAUGGUUUCAUGUGGGCGCUCAAGUGCGGCGACAUGGACGUCAUGCUCGGCUUCCUCAGCAAAAUCGCACGCGACGAAGUCGAUGCCGAGUUUGACACGGGCUACACGCCGCUCGUGCUCGCAUGUGCCAAAGGCGAUGUCCUUCUCGUCCGUGCCCUCUUGGAGCACGGCGCCAACGUCAACACCGAGUCGUCGCGGGGCCGCACGCCGCUCGGCGAAGCCAUUCUCAACAAGCAGGCGCAUUUGAUCCCACUUCUUCUGGAGUACCGUGCGAUCGUGUCGCAUGUCAACCGGCACGGCCUCUCGACGCUCUCGAUGGCCGAGCAAAUGGGUGACGCGACCAUCUUGGACGUCCUCGCCAAGCGUGCGAAACUGGAGCAGGAUCAGCGCCGGCUCUUUGUAGCGAUUGGCGCGUCGGACUAUGACACGAUCGAAGAAGUCGUCGCGGGUGGCGAAAUGACGUACCGCGACAGCCAUGGGUGGCACUUGGCGCGGGAGCUCGAAGCGAGUCGAGACGUCCUCGCCCGCGCCCGCGCCGACUUGACCGAACACAUUGCGAUCAUGAACGCGACGAUCGCCGAUACGGAAGCCAAGCAGAUGCGCGUCGUGCACCUCCUCGACUCGAUGGAGUACAACAAAGGCCAGCUCGCCCAGGUGCAAACCAAGGAAACCAAGCUCGAUGCUGUCCGCGUGCACACGGAAACCACGGUCCGCGACAUUGUCCGGAAAAUCACCGCGCAAGACAUCAUCAACAUCAUCAGUCGGCCCAACCCACCGGAGGACAUCGUGGUCGUGCUCAAAGCCAUGGCGCUCUUCCAGGGCAUUCUUCCCAAACCCAAGCGACUCAACGAAACGGGCGCGUUCUCCACGCACGAGUGGUGGGAGACAGCGCAAGCCAUGCUCAUGGACCGCGGCUUCUUACGGCGUCUUCUUGAUAUCCGCGAGCUCGCGAUCGAGCCCGACGUGCUUUUCAAGGUUCGGCGCGAAUGCUUGAAGCAUGACGCGUUUCGGGAGAUUGGUGCCGCCGAGUUGGCCGUACCUGAUGCGCUCGACGCCGCGCCGGCCGUACCCAAGCAGCGCCACGGCCGUCGCAAUGCGAUCACCAAUUCGACGGUCGAUGCGCUCGGCACGUGGGUCAAAGGUGUCGAGAUCAACCAAAAGGCGCGCGCCGAAGCCAAAGUGCUUCAAGAACGACGCGAAAGCGUCCUUGCCGAGAUCCAGCAGCUCGAUGUCGAGUUGGCGACGGCCAGCUUUGAGAUGAAGACGGCCCAUCGGUGCUUGCCGUCGCGCCAAGAGGAGCUGGAUCGCGUCGUUGUCAUCGAGCAGCGCGCCGAGGCCGAUUUUCACCUCAAGACGCGUCGCGUCCUUGUGUGCGAGCUCUUGGCGUUUACGAGUUUGAACGGACACACGCCACUGAGCUACGCGGCGGCGGUCGGCAACGAGCGCGCCGUGCGAAUUCUUCUGAGCCGCGGCGCCAACAGCGGGCACUCGGACACGGAGCGGUCGUUGGCCGCCAAGUUGCUUCAAACCGCCGUGCGCUUUUACGUGCAGCAAGCCACGUACGCGGAUGCGACGCGCGACGCCGAAGUCUUUCGCAUUGUGCGGUACAUGACCAUGCGCCCGAUCUACAAGGCGCUUCGACGCUGCCGGCAAACGCAGCGCGUGCCGCUGCACGAAGCCGCGUACAAUGGACACACGGACGUGUUGCCGCUGCUGGUCGACGUCGGGCACGCGCCCGUGUGGCAGACCACGUACGUCGAGCCGACAGCCAUGAUGCCAGGCCAAAUCGCCUUUGGUCCGUCGCGCCGCAAAGACGUGGGCCUGCACGCGUGGCAAGUGGUGCUGCCACCGUCGCGCUUGUCGCUCGACGAGUCGUGCCGCUUGGGGCAAUCGCGCUUCGCCUACAUGCCGUACCGUGACGGGCGUGGCUGGGACCGCAAUGGUUCGUCGAUCUAUGACGCAACGAUCAACGAAGUGGCGGCCAUCGUCGUCGCAAGCCACGAGCACCAGCACGCGACGCGUCUCGAGCAAAUGAAUCGCAAGACGAUCUUGCGCCAGACGCGGCACAUGCGCCACCUGCACGACCAGCUCGAAGCGGCCAUCUUGGCCAAAGACUAUGUCGCGGCCAGUGCGCUCUUGGACGUUGGUGCGUUCCCGGAUUACGCGACACCCGCGGGCAUGACGCUCCUCAUGCAGGCGGCCAGCGAAGAGCGUUUCCUUACAAACAAGGACGGCGCCGUCGUCCUCGUGGUCGAGUUUCUUCUGGAUCGCAAGAUGGGCCGGCCGUCGCCCAACGUUAUCAGCACGUCGCUCGAUGGCUCGUUUUGUCACACGGCGCUCUCGGUCGCAGCGCAUUACGGCACGACCAUGUGCGGCCGCAGCCUUGUGGACCGCGGGGCUGACGUCAACAUUCAAGACCCGCGCUUUGGCCUGACCGCGCUCAUGCACGCGGCACGAAACAACAAGCACGACUUUGUGCGCUUCUUGCUCGAGCAAAAGGCCAGCGUUCACCUCAAGGACGUCCACGGCCGAUCGGCGUUUACAUUUGCCACCGAGCGACGCAAUGAAACCAUGCUGGGGCUCCUCUCGGCCGCUGCUGCCGACAUGCACCAGACGCUCGAGAUCUACGAUCGGUUGGCGGUGUACGGACUCUGCCGGUGGGGAUGUGGCUUUGUCGAGUUACGCACGGCGCCCGUCGUCGAGGCCGGGCAAGGACUUGUCGUUGCUAUGCGAAACCCCUUGCAAGAACACGAGCUGCACGCGUGUCCUAAACGCGUUCUUGCCUGUCCGCUCGGCUGCGACCAGCCGGAUCUUUGGAGCCAAGAGGUGGCCGACCACGUGGCACGGGAGUGCCCCCACCGGCCGCUACCCUGCACGAAUCCCAAGUGUGACAUGAUGGUCGCUGCAAGUGCCCUGCGCCAGCACACGCAGCACGACUGCAUGCAUCGCACGGUCGCCUGUCCGCUCUGUGGCGAAGGCAGCCUCGCGCACAAGCUCGAGGCCCACACAAAGUGUUGUCGUCUUCGCUUGGUCCCAUGUCCGCUCUGCGCGAAUGAGCUCCGGGCCCUCGAUGUGAGCAAUCAUGUCAAGUUUGAGUGCGACUGCCGCGACGUGCGCUGUCGCCUCGGUUGUGGCUUUGUGCGGCUUUGCGACCGCACGUCACACGAAGCCGACGUCUGCGUCAAGCGAUCGAUUCCGUGUGUCUUUGCAUGCGUCGACGGCACAACACCCGAGACGCAAGCCGACCACGAACAGAUCUGCGACUUCCGCCCGAUGGUGUGUCCGAAUCGCUGCGGCCAAACGGUCCGCGCCAUCGACGUCGACAGUCACCUGAGCGAGUGUACCUACCGGUUCGUGCCAUGCACCAUCGGCUGCGGACGGCGCGUCCGGGAGUGCGACAUGGUCGAACACGUCAGUAGUCUCUGCACCAAGCGCACCGUGCCGUGUGAGUGGUGUGGCACGCAAGGCAUUGUCGCAACCCUCUUGGAGCUCCACCAGCGCACCGAGUGUCUGCAUCGCAUCCAGGCCUGUGGUGCGUGUGGUGACGGCGGUAUCCUCGCGCUCGAUAUGACGACCCACAAGACAGCAAAGUGCCGCAUGCGGCCGGUCGAGUGCGUCUUUCGACAGGACGGCUGCAUGAAGACACCGCUGCUGGCCCAUGAAAAGACGCAGCACGAAGCGUUCGAAUGCAAGUACCGAACGAUCUGGUGCCCACUGGGCUGCAACGAGCACCUCGUGGCGCGCCACCUCAAGGCGCACGAAGCCACGUGCCCGAUGCGCUUCGUGGUCUGCACCUUGGGCUGCGGCGCCGAGUUGCGUGAGAAGGACCGGUUUGAGCACGAAGCGUACGCGUGUAGUUACAACAACAAAAAGUGA